CCCCACCCUAAUAUUUGAUCAUGACAAGCAGAGGCACAGCUCGGCCCAACGGCCAGCCUCAGGCCAGCAAAAUCUGCCAAUUCAAACUCGUUCUACUGGGGGAGUCUGCAGUAGGCAAGUCUAGUUUAGUGCUGAGAUUCGUCAAGGGGCAAUUCCAUGAAUACCAGGAGAGCACCAUUGGAGCUGCCUUCCUCACACAGUCAGUCUGUCUGGAUGACACAACAGUCAAGUUUGAAAUCUGGGACACAGCAGGACAGGAACGAUACCACAGCUUGGCACCUAUGUACUACCGGGGUGCCCAGGCUGCUAUUGUGGUCUAUGAUAUCACUAACCAGGAAACCUUUGCUCGAGCAAAGACAUGGGUGAAAGAACUACAGCGACAGGCCAGUCCCAGCAUUGUCAUUGCCCUGGCAGGAAACAAGGCUGACUUGGCCAACAAGCGCAUGGUGGAAUAUGAAGAGGCCCAGGCAUAUGCAGAUGAUAACAGUUUAUUGUUUAUGGAGACAUCGGCCAAGACAGCCAUGAAUGUGAAUGACCUCUUCUUGGCUAUAGCUAAGAAAUUGCCCAAGAGUGAACCUCAAAACAUGGGGGGUACAGCAGGCCGAAGCCGGGGUGUGGAUCUCCAUGAGCAGUCGCAGCAGAACAAGAGCCAGUGUUGUAGCAACUGAUGGGGUGGCUGGCACCAAAUGAGUGUGGAGCAAGCACGAGAGCUAAGACAUAACUUCAGUCCCCACCCCUCAGCACACAGCCCCUUCGGUAACAGCACACUGAGCCCUGGCUCCCAAAGGCCACCUCCCAACAGCUCCGUCAUGGCACUUGUUAAUGCUUCAGCAACCAACAACAACAGGCAGCUGUUGCCACUGGCCUCCCACCCUCUGCCCUGGGGCUUAAGGGGGUGGUUAGUUCCCCCUGGAACUUAUCUUCCAAAACAAACUUUCUUCACUUUGUAUUAUAGGUGCAAGACAAUAACCUACUUAUCUAUCUUUCUCUUCCCAUCCUUCGUCCCCAUGUCUUCAGAUAACAUUUUUGUUACUUGCUCCUUCUGCUUUCCAUCAAUAACUGGUUUUGGUCCCUAUCCCCACCUUGAUGUUUCCCUCUCCCCAGGAUUGGAGAGGUGAACUUGAUGUUAACAGCACAUCCACAUUGGUAGCCUGGGGAAGAGAGGGGAAUAAGGGUCUGGAAGGAAAACAGCUCCUCUUUUGUCAUUAUAUAAUGGGUAUUUCCCACAUUUGAAGAAAGCUGCAAUGUCCUUGAUCCUUUUCUUCUACCCCUAGGUGGAUGAUGGGAAACUUCUGGAUAAAGAUGAGAUUAGGGAGAAAAGUAUGCAGGGUCAUGCUGAGUUAAUUAACCUGGCCAGAGAAAGAAGCUUUUAGGGUUCCUUGUGAGCUCUGUAGUACUUUCUCUGCCUUUAUUUUCCCUUGGCUUUUGGGGGCAUUUCCCCCAUGGUGAUUCAGCCCCAGGAUCUUCCAAAGAACUGUUAUUGGGUGCCUUUUUCCUGGCUCUGCUGUGGUCUAGUUGGAGGAGGGACCAGUCUCUGAUACCCAUCCUCUGAUUGAUAAUACAUAUAGAAUUGUUUUCCUCAUUGGCCGCAGCCCCAUCACCUAAUCUCCUUCCAACCCUGGGCAUGGCCUGUGUAUCACUGCGGUUUGCACUUUAAGUUGAUGGUUGGUUUAUUUGGAAUGCUUAUUUUAUGGGGGUUUUAAUGCACACACCUUCCUUUUUUAUAACUACAUGGAAAUUGAGGUGUAUAUGAGGUCUGUGGGGUGGAUGAGAAAGGGCAAUGGCAGCUACCCAAGCCAAAUCCUCUCUCCUCCUUAACCCUACCCUCAAACUUUGAUUCCUUUCUACCUUGUUCACUCCUCAACCCUUUGCUGUGCUUGAGACCUUAACACUCUGAAGACCUGGUGGAAAGACUGAGAUUGAAGAGUGCUCAGGGAAGCACAGGCCAAUGUAGAGAUUAAGGCAUGUCCCAAGCAAGAGGCAGGGAUAUAGGGAAGAGGAGAAGACAACUCCGUUUUCCUCAAAUGAGUCUCUCAUUUUGAUGCCCCCCAUCCCUGUUGUCUUUUCUACUUCCCUGUAAAUAGGUAUGGUGAUCACUUUCCCCUUUGUAUAGUCUUGUCAUGCCAUUUGGCUUCCAAACAGGCCCCAGGCCCCAGUCACUCCCUAUUCUGUCAGGAUCCCUAGCCUUCUACCCCUACUCCUUUGGUUAUUCUUUUAACAUCUCGCUUCUGAGGGAGAAUGACAAAUCAUUCUUUCUACCUUACCCCUUUACAUUUAUUCCUAGGAGCUAUAGCCUCCAUAUCCUGCUCUUUUGUCAUUAAGCCACAAAGUCCUAAUUGCAGUCCCACAGACCAUAUGAGCUGCUCUUCUGGCAUGAAAUAACUGGUUUCGAGAGUUUUUUUCAUAAUAGUGUUAGUCUUAUCGAGAAGGAUUAACACAUGCUGCAUCGAGAAUAUAGAUUUCUAAGAUGAAGGUGGGUAGAAAAGGUCCUUAUCUUAGAGUAUUAGGGAAAGCUGUCAAGGGAGCAAAUUUCAGGAGAAGAUAGAUUAUUGUUUCUCCAAGUAUCCUCUUGUCCAUUGUUAGGAAUGUGGUCCUAUUUAGGAGAAAGCUGUAUAUGGGACCAUGGCUCACUUUUGUGUCCCAGGGUUUAGAGUCCCACUUGUUUUUCCUGACCCACAGACACUUGAACUGCCUUAUCUGUCUCAAACACAUAAACAUACCAAAAAA